UUCAUUGCAUUAUUAUUGUUAUCUUGGCCCCGUGCAUUUUUAUAGCUCUUGAUAAGCAGUAAUAUCGGAGGCGCAACGAUAACACAGAAACGGCGCUGGGGAGUCGAGGUGGUGGGGUGCGUGCGGCGCUAGGGACCUCGCUGUCGUAGUUAUUAAAAUUUGAAGGUAGGAGCGCCCCUCCAUAUUGUGGCUUGCAUGAUAUUUCAAUCAUAAACUUAGCAUUAUGUGCUUCAUGGAAUGGUGCAACAGGUGCACCGCAUUUUGAGCAUCUGCUUCUAUCGGCCUUUAUUGGGACUGACACCUUUACAAUAUGAUUAUUCAUAUCAACAGCAUUCUACCACACUUGCUUAGGAAGCUAGAAAAUUUAAGAAUUGCAAGCAGCUUGUUUGUAUUGGUCUUUGGCAAUCACUGAUGCCAACCAGAACAUGGUGUUUACUGCCAUCCACUGCAAAAGAAUGUCCUUAAGUGCCAGCCGUGAAUGCAGUGCAGAUUGGCUCGGGCUAUCUUAUUCUCACUACAAGCCAUGAUUUUAAUAUUAUUUUCUCCCCCAACAGCCAAAACCAAAAUUCAGGUACUGUAGAGCACAUACCAAAGUAUUGGAAAGAGUGAAGAAUUAAAAACUGAUGAAUGUCCCCAUUAUCUGAAGAAACUGGGUUUUUUGGGUAGGUGGAGGCUUAAAGUGAGUGCUCGACAUCUGUACAGGGUUUGAACUGAAAUAACUAUCUUGAAAGUUGUCUGGUGCAUCUCAGUCAUACCUCCUUAAGAACUAAACCUGUCUGGUUUCUGGCCUACACAUCCGUUAAGAUGUGCAGACUUUUUAGGGUAGGUUUCUGUUAAGGUCACUUAGUGUCUGUAACACUAUAACAUCGUUCAGAUCUGGACAUUCCAUUGGCCAUGCAAUGGCCAGGGCCGAGAAAAAUGUAAUUGUUGAGUUGUUCAUAACUGGUACUUGUGAGUAUUUUUUUCACAUACUUUUUCACAUACUUUUCACAUGCCUUCAGUUGUCCAUUGGCUUCUAAUAAAUGUUUUGCAGGAUGUGAUGCAUCAGUCAAGCUAUUACAUAUUGAGAGGCAUAUUUACUUAACAGAAAAGUUGUGUCAUUUAGAGCAGCUUUUUUCCACUAGUGCAUCAGUGGUUGAAAGUGAGCUUAUUACAUGGUAUCCAAUGUUUGCUUCAAUAUCUUCAGAUGUGGAACAUUUCCUUAAUGUUUUGCUCUAUUGCUAUUCAGAUUAUUUUGUGUUCUUAAAGAGUUUGCCUUAAUGUUUUGAAUGGAUGGAUUUCUGAGAUCAGAGCUCACAAUUGGCUGGCUGUGGUGUGAAUCCAACCCCUAUCAACCCGCUGUGAAAUUCCAGGCUAGUAGCAGAUGUGAAGGGCAAGUGGCAGGUGGUUAAAGCUAUUUGCCCGCUUGCUCCUGCCCACAACCUGCCAACCUGCACCUGCCUGCAAGCCUGCCCUGCCAGGGUUGAGGAGAUCAGAAGGCCCAGAGGGGGCCUUAUUACCUGAUGGAAUUGAGACAUAUUUGCCUCACCUGAUGCAGAAAGUUGUGAAGGUCCAAGACAGCUUUGCAUUAUCAGUUGUCAUGCCGCGAACAGAGAGACACCGGCGCGGCGUGACCCCAUCACGGCGUCAGCGUGACCCCAUCAGGCAUCCUUUGUUCUCGGAUCCGGCCUUCUUGACGAAGGCCGGAUCCGGGAACAAAGGAUGCGUCAGCGGCCGUCGGCGCGAGAUGCGGCUAGUGCUAACUCGGCUGCCCUUGACCUCACCAUGCGUCAACUUGACGGUGACGGGCUCUGAGAACGAAAGACGCAUCAGUGGUGGACGGCCGGAGACGCCGCUGGAGUCAUCUAAGCUGUUCGCGGCCUUGACACGCGUCAACUCGGUGACCGGCGCCGAGAACGAGGGACGCAUCAGUGGCCGACGGCGCGAGACGCGGCCAAAGUCUACUCGGCCGCCCGUGACCUCAUCACGCGUCAACUUGACGGUGACCGGCUCCGAGAACGAAGGAUGCAUCAGUGGCCAGCAGCGCGAGACACGGCCAAAGGCUACUCGGCCGCCCGUGACCUCAUCACGCGUCAACUUGACGGUGACCGGCUCCGAGAACGAAGGACGCAUCAGUGGCCAGCAGCGCGAGACACAGCCAAAGGCUACUCAGCCGCCCGUGACCUCAUCACGCGUCAACUUGACGGUGACCGGCUCCGAGAACGAGGGACGCAUCAGUGGCCAGCAGCGCGAGACACGGCGAAAGGCAACUCGGCCGUCCGUGGCCGUGCACCGCGAAACGCUGGUGUUCGUGCUGGAGAGCAUACUGUCCAGUCGUCAGAGCCUCGGCCAGUGCAACGAUGAGGACGGUGACGAGGACGGCGACGGUGGUUUGGCGGCGGCGUCCCGCUCGGCGGCGCCGCUAUCGGCGACGACCGACGCCAGCGAUGGCGAGAUAUCGAAGGCUGAGGCGAUCUCGGACACCGAGGCGGCCUCAGGCGCUGAGGCGACCUCGGAUACGCAAGCAGUCCCCGACGCGCAGGCGACCGCGGCUUACGGUCGCCUGUCGCGCCGGCGUCGCACCAGGUACAGCUUAUUCGCCGGCAAGCGCAUGCUCACGACGUGGCCGAGUGAGACCAUCUGGCGCCUGCCGGAGACAGCACCGCCGCCGGCCGAUGCCGUGCGAUCAGACACGCUGCGCGCGCGGCUGAGCCUGAUGGCGCAGCACGCGGCAGCCACGGGCAAUCGCGACGAGGUACUGGAGGCGUACCGGGCUGUGGUGCUGGCGUCGCCGCAUCUACCGCGGCUCUCCUGGGAGCUGGCGGUGACGCUGGGUGUGGACGGCGGUGGCCUGCCGCUGCUGCCUGCGCUCGACCACUACAUGCGACACUUGGACUUGGAUCGUCCGGGCGCGUUGCUGGCGGCCACGGCCGCCAUCUUCUCCGCUGGCCACACGGAGGAGGCGCUGGUGCGUGCAGCGCGCGGCUGGCGGCCGAUUGCCAAGACGCCUGCUCGUGGCCGCCAGGUGGUGACGAGUGGCCUGCUCGCAGUGUUACGCGACGUGGCGCGCUGCCGACGAGGCCGGUACGUCGGCGAGGGCGCGUCAUUCACCUACGCUCGCUGGCGCGCCAGCUGGACGAGCUGA